AUGGACAGAACCUUGGAAUCCCUGAGACACAUCAUUGCCCAAGUCCUGCCUCACAGAGACCCAGCUCUAGUCUUCAAAGACUUGAAUGUUGUGUCAAUGUUGCAGGAAUUUUGGGAAAGCAAGCAGCAGCAGAGGGCUGCAUUCCCCAGUGAAGGUGUGGUGGUGUACGAGUCGCUGCCAUCUCCUGGGCCUCCCUUUGUGAGUUACGUGACCCUUCCAGGGGGAAGCUGUUUUGGCAACUUUCAGUGCUGCUUAAGCAGAGCCGAGGCCAGGCGGGAUGCAGCCAAAGUGGCCCUGAUCAACUCCCUGUUCAAUGAGCUGCCCUCUCGAAGGAUCACCAAGGAGUUCAUUAUGGAGAGCGUGCAGGAAGCAGUGGCCUCCACCAGCGGCACCUUGGAGGACGCUGACGACCCCAGCACCAGCAUCGGCGCCUACCACUACAUGCUGGAGUCCAAUAUGGGGAAGACCAUGCUGGAAUUUCAGGAGCUGAUGACCAUUUUCCAACUACUGCACUGGAACGGGAGCCUAAAAGCCCUUCGCGAAACGAAGUGUUCCCGGCAGGAAGUCAUCUCCUACUACUCCCAGUAUUCACUGGAUGAAAAGAUGCGCAGCCACAUGGCCCUGGACUGGAUCAUGAAGGAGCGGGAGUCACCAGGAAUCCUGUCUCAAGAGCUACGAAUGGCUCUGAGGGAGUUGGAGGAAGCCAGGAAAGCGGGACAAGAACUACGGUUUUACAAAGAGAAGAAAGAAAUCCUGAGUUUAGCCCUGACUCAGAUCUACAGCGACCCUGACACUUCCUCACCCAGUGAUGACCAGCUGAGCCUCACGGCCCUCUGUGGCUAUCACUAG